AUGAAGUUAUUCUGGAUUUGGCUCACAUUUUCUACGGGUCUUUCGCUCGCUGUAAACCCUCAGCGUCUGACCUCUGGUCGGCUCAAGCAGUCUGUGGUGCCUCCCCAACAAUGGAGAAAAUACAGCGCUCCCCUUCCUGGAAGUCGCAUCGAACUGCGAAUCGGCCUUGUACAACCAUUUAUGCACGUCUUGGAAAACCAUAUACAAGAGAUCAGCGAUCCAGACCACGAAAGAUAUGGGCAGCAUCUGUCCAAAUCUGAGGUAGAAACUCUGAUUUCCCCACAAGAACAGAGUAUUCAACUGGUAACUGAGUGGUUACAUGUGCAUGGCAUCGAAGACACGAAUAUAUCUUGCACACCCGCACAAGAUUGGAUCGUCGUCACCCUUCCAAUCAGCCUCGCUGAAAAAAUGCUCGACACUAAUUACUAUGUCUGGCAACACGACGACGGAGAUUUCACCAUUCGCACUACCAGCUACAAUCUUCCAGAACAUCUCUUCAACCACAUCGAUCUCAUCCAGCCCACUACAAUGUUCGCUCGUCUUUCAAACAUGAAAACUACCUUGUACAUGACUAAGAACAACAUCGCUCUGGGCUCAAGCCAUGCCAAAGAAUUGACACUCAUUACACCUAGCUCUGACAGUCAAAAUGACUGCAACUAUACGGUGACUCUUAAUUGCCUUCAAAGCCUAUACAACACCGUUGGAUACCAGACCAGAGCUCAUUCGAGAAAUUCCAUUGGACUUACCGGGUAUCUCGAGCAAUACGCUAACCAAGAAGACCUGAAGCUCUUCUUCGCAGACCAGAACCCAGGCGCCGCCAACGCUUCACUUGAUGUUAUUCUAAUUAAUGGUGGCUUCAACAACCAAUCCGCACAAGAAGCCGGGGACGAGGCUAACUUAGAUGUUCAAUUUGCUCUUGGGCUAAGCUAUCCAACCCCAGGCGUUUUUUAUUCCACUGGCGGAGAACCACCAUUUGAUCCAGACCAAGGCACAGAAUCAAAUACUAACGAGCCUUACGCGAAGUGGCUCGACUACAUCUUCUCUCAAGACAACCCUCCACUGACGAUAUCAACGAGUUACGGCGACCAUGAGCAGACUGUGCCCGAAGAUUAUGCACGUCGUACUUGCGAGCGAUUCAUGGCACUUGGCGCACGCGGUGUUACGUUGACGUUCUCCAGCGGCGAUGGCGGCGUUGGUGACGGAAUUUCAGAUCCUGCAUUCCAGACUUGCUUAACAAAUGACGGAAAGAACGAGACCCGUUUCCUUCCUGUCUUUCCAAGCUCCUGCCCAUAUGUAACUUCCGUAGGCGGUACACGAGGCAUUCCUGAGGAAGCCGCCUUCUUCUCCGGCGGCGGUUUCAGCUUUUACUUCGAUCGCCCCUGGUACCAAGAUCGAGCAGUGAAUGAAUUUUUGGAGACGCUCGGUGAACACACCUACAGUGAUUUGUUCAAUCGGUAUUCUUCUUCUGCUUAUCCUGAUGUAUCCGCCCAAGGGGUAAAUUUCCGUGUAUUCAUCGGUAGUAAACCCUACCUUAUUUCCGGGACUUCCGCGUCAUCUCCGACCUUUGCUGGUAUUGUCGCUCUGUUGAACGAUGCCCGACUCCAUGCUGGCUUACCGCCUCUCGGUUUCCUUAACCCUUUGCUGUACAAAAGAGGCGCGGAAGCGUUGAACGAUGUUACUGUGGGUAACAAUCCUGGAUGUGGGACAAAUGGGUUCAAUGCUACCGAAGGAUGGGAUCCAGUGUCAGGUUUGGGAACUCCAAAUUUUGAGAAACUGGAGAAAAUAGUGUUGGAAUCCCAGAUGUGGAAAAGAUCGGGAUGA